AUUCCUUCAAACAUGUUCUAAAAAGAGGAUAAGUGAAUAAUAAUUACCGUUGACCAUUUUGUUUUGAUUCUCUCUUUUGAGAUUGUGAAGGAAAGGAAUGGUGCGGGAAGUAGCCAGAGACUGUUAAAGCUUCCUGAAUGGCUACUACCUUCGCCUUCGCCGCGCCGUCGCUAUCCUCAUCUUCUCGCGCUUUCGUUCGCCGCGCUCCGAUUCCCUACCACCGUUCUCCCAAUCACCUCAGGUUGCCGCCUCUCAAAUGCUCCUCUUCCGAGCCGGAAACCGCCAUGUCUCCCGCCGACUGGACUCACAAGUUGAUCGCCAGGGCUGCCGGACUCGGAUUCCUCGAAACCUCCUACCUCACUUACCUUAAGCUCACCGGCGGCGACGCCUUUUGUCCCGUCGGCGGUGGCACCUGCUCCGACGUACUCAACAGUGAUUACGCAAUUGUUUUCGGUAUUCCUCUUCCGUUGAUUGGGAUGGCUGCGUAUGGCUUGGUUGCUGCGCUAGGUCUUCAAUUGGCUUCGAAUAAGUUGCGUUUUGGGAUUAGCAAAUCGACUGCACAAGCAGUGUUGCUUGGAGCCACGACCUCUAUGGCAGCUGCUAGUGCGUAUUUUUUGUACACUCUAAUUACGAGAUUCUCUGAUUCCUCUUGCUCCUACUGCUUACUUUCGGCUUUCUUGUCCUUCACCUUAUUUUUUGUUACACUCAAGGACCUUGGAUUACAAGAGGUGUCUAAAACACUGGGCCUACAACUGCUUGUUGCUAGCAUAGUUAUUCUCACGCUGAACACCUCGUAUAACAGUUCUAAGUCUGGAUCCUCAAGCCUGGCUGAAAUUGAACUUCCAUAUUAUGCAACUGAGAUUACAACUCCGUCAAGCCCUUUUGCGCUAUCUCUUGCAAGGCACUUGCAUUCCAUAGGAGCUAAAAUGUAUGGUGCUUUCUGGUGUUCACAUUGUCAGGAACAAAAACAGAUGUUUGGGCGUGAGGCCGCCAAGGAGUUGGAUUACGUGGAAUGCUUUCCCGAAGGAUAUCGUACAGGAACUAAAAUGAUCAAGGCAUGCAUAGACGCCAAACUUGACGGUUUCCCUACGUGGAUUAUUAAUGGCCAGGUUCUAAGUGGUGAGCAAGAAUUGUCGGAGCUGGCUCAAGUGUCUGGUUAUAACGAAUCUGUUCAACCUAGUUAAGGCUUGGACUAAAAGAAACAAAGGUACCAUUGUAGAAUUCUUAGUUGCACAUUGUACAGCUUAUAGAUGAAUAGUUUGUCCUUUGUAGGUACAAAUUCCUUCCCAUUGCGCUAUGAUACUUCCUGCCAUGUUAUAAAUUAUAAAUUAUUAGAUGUUUUUUAAUUA